GAUAUAGUACUACGGGCGCGGGGCCGCGCUCCGCAGCCGCGCACCGCCUCCCGGGGGAGCUGCGCCCGGCCGCGGCCGCGCUCGGCUGUUGUUGGCUUCGCGCUUUUUACUGCCGCUCCUCGGGUGGUUGUUGUUGCUGUUGUUUUUAAUUGCUGUUUCUGCGUUUUUAUUGCUAUUUUUGUCGCCUCUUCCUUCACCUCCCACCCUGCCGCGGCUGGCGGAGGAGUUCAGGCUCUUAUUUGAACUUUUGCUGCGUGGUAUAUGCUGUUGGGAUACUCUUAGGAGAUCGUCCAGGAAUGGUGGAUCACUUGCUGCCUACUGAUGAAUCUUUUUCAUCUACAAGAUCUCCUCUUGGAUACUUUGGGGACAUGACAGCAGGGGUGAGGUCCUACCAAAUGCUGCCCUCACCCGUGUCAGAAGAUGACAGUGACUCUUCCAGCUUUUGUUCUUGUUCCAGCCCGGAUUCCCAGGCUCUCAGCUCUAGCUACGGGAGCACGUCUAGUGCUGAAAGCCAGGACAGUAUCUUAGACUACUUAUUGUCUCAGGCAUCUUUGGGGAACACUGCUGCAUCUUGGUGGGACAGAAGGAGAUUUCAGCCAAUAGUGAAAGAGGAGUAUUUUAGGUUGCCUGAAUUUGCAGUGGAUAUGGAAGACUCUGGACCAUUUCAGCCUACACUUGAGGAAAUUGAGGAAUUUCUGGAGGAAAACAUGGAGCUGGAGUUCAGAGAAAGACCUAAAAGUGAGACCAAGGACUUGAGAGCUUGCAGCCAAGUUUCUGUUGCUUCGAUACAGCAAAAAGACCAUAUGGUACCCAGCGCUAGUUUAAAAGAGAGUAAAAAUGAACAAUUGAACAGCUCAACAGAAGGUGGCCAGGCUUCAAAUGGAGGAAUGUCCCUGGAGAAUGGUAUACCAGUUAUGCUCCAAAUCCAGCCUGUACAGAUCAAACAGGAGUCCAACACAAGCCCCAGUUCCCAAGGACCAGCACAAGAGAAUAUUAAAAUUGCACAGCUCCUAGUCAACAUCCAAGGGCAGACAUUUGCCCUUGUGCCCCAGAUAGUUCAGUCAUCCAAUUUGAACUUGUCCUCUAAAUUUGUCCGCAUUGCUCCCGUCCCCAUCGCCGCCAAGCCAAUUGGGCCAGGAGGCAUGAUCCAGGGUCAGACGGGAAUCAUCAUGGGUCAGAAAUUUCAAAAGAACCCUGCAGCAGAACUCAUUAAAAUGCACAAAUGUUCUUUCCCUGGCUGUACCAAGAUGUACACGAAAAGCAGCCAUUUGAAAGCCCACCUGAGAAGGCAUACAGGAGAAAAGCCUUUUGCAUGCACAUGGCCAGGUUGCGGAUGGAGGUUCUCCAGGUCAGAUGAGCUGUCCCGGCAUAGACGAUCCCAUUCGGGGGUGAAACCAUAUCAGUGUCCUGUCUGUGAGAAGAAGUUUGCUCGAAGUGACCACUUGUCCAAACAUGUCAAGGUGCAUCGGUUCCCACGAAGCAACCGCUCCGUCCGCUCUGUGAACUGAUUGGUCCCACUUUCCCCUUCCCACCCAGCCGUCCUAGAACAGCCGAUGACAGCACUUUUCUCACUAUAUUUCUAGUGAUAAUUUAUUUGUCUUCUCAGAACAGUCAAUGCUGUUACUUGAUACCACCAUGUCUAUGUCCCAUGUCCUUUAACCAUGAUAUGAGAAUGAAGUUCUUUUGGGUCAGGGGAGGGGGUGUUUCUUCCUUUUUGCCCUUUUUUUUUUUUUUUUUUUUAAAAAAAAAGGAUGUUAUUUUCCUUUCCUUCUAUCUUUCCCUCCUUUGCUGCUGCUUCUUUUGGAAAUUACAGUGUUUUAUUUUUAGCUGUUUUCUGCUGCACAGGAAAAUGUAAGAGUUGCUUGCUGCUAGUUAAUUAUAGCCCUGGCAUUCCUGAGGGCUUUGCUCAUGUACAGGCCAUUCAUUGUCAGUUUUUAUUAAGCUGCUCUAUUUGUCCAGUUUGGAAACAGCAAAUUCCUUUUGAAAUGAAAACAACUCCUUUGUUUUUGGGUUGCCAGAGCCAAGCAUUUGUAGGGGCCGGCAACAGGAGGAGGAACAGUGGGAGUCGGGGGAGGCAAGGCAUGGAGAGGACUGGAAUGCAUCUCCUAGCCACUUGGGUUUCUCUGGCUCACACUUGCCUCUUCCUUGAUUUUAUAUAUAAAUAUAUAAAAUAUGUGUAUAUAUAUGUGUGUGUUUGUAUAUGUGCAUGCAUGCAUACAUAUACAUACAUAUAUAUAUAUAUAUAUAUUUAAGCAAAGGCAGAUCCUAGGCAAACUCAGAAGCUGAGACUGGAUUAACUGGCUUGGAGUGGAGGCCUUUCAGUGAAGCUCACCAGAUGCUAUGUGCAUGCUUUUCUGUCCUAUGCUGCCACUGAGGGUAUAGGGAGGCUCAUGUGUUGAAGGAAGCUCUGCUUUCCUUUGGCACCUGUUUGAAGUGUCCACUUGCUUUAGCAGAAGGGAUGUUUUUUAGUGCUACAAGCUGCGGGAUGCUGUUUGUCAGAACUGUGAGGCUCAGCUCCUGUCUCUGCUCUUGUCUUUCUGUGUGCUGCUGGAGGAGAAACUGGAGCACCCGUUCCAGAAGUGCCUGGUGGUCUUCGGUGAGCACUGGGCGCCCUGAGUGCCCACUGCCCACACAAGCCAAGGGUGCUCAUGCCUCACUGGCCAGCAUCCAGGCUGGCUUCCAUUUCCUCAUCCAUCCGUCGGGGUCUUGCCAGGCAUAUCAGUUCCUGAGGGAGGUUGGGAGGCAUCAUAACCUGGUGUGACACCACCGUGAGAUCUUCUGUCAAAGGGUGAUCGUAAGUGCUAUGUGUUUUUCUUUUCCUACUGACAGCCAUGUCAGAGCUCCACACAGCUGGGGUGGGUGAAUGGGUGAGAACAGUAGCCAAAAGAAACAAAUUUACAUGGCAGUUGGCUAAGAAGGGAAUUUAAACAAAUAAUCAGAUGGUAGCAGGCAAGUCAUUAUGUUUGUGUUUCUUCUUGUUUUGUAUUUCCUUUUAAACUCUGGCGAUUGUAAGAAGCUUUAGAAGAAAAUAGGAUUCAGUAAUUAGAAACAAUUUUAUAAUGGAUGUUGCAUUUCCUUUCCAUUCACAGAUGGCAUCUGUUUGUCUUUUUGCUGACAAAAUGGGAAAUAGAACACUGCAAUUCUAGCGCUAGGUAGUGCAGGAGUCUAUGCUGUAUGUAAGAGCGGUAGGUCUAGCUAAAGCGAAUGCAUUCCUUUUGUCCUCUAGAAAUUAAUAUAAAUGAAUUAUCAUCUAUUGACUGGUUUAUAUCACAUCCUAUGAAUGUAUGUAAAUAAAACUGUACAUAGAUGCAUAUCUAUAUAAAAUAUCUUUUAAUAACGUAUCAAAAUUUGUGUAAAUUGGAAACAAAAAUACCUAUAAAACCAGUGUACAUAAGUUACAAUUCUGUAUAUUUUCUUUUGUUCUUCAUAAAAAUAUAUUUACUUUGACAAUAAAAUGAAAAUGGAAAUUUUAAAUCCCUUUUUGAAAUUAUUAUUCAUUAAUAUCCUUUGUAGCCAGCUCUUUAAUCAAGACGUUAGCACUUGAAAAUUUGAUUCACCUGGAUGUAACUUUUCAGGUGCUGGGUAACAGGGAGACAAUGGAAGAGCUCUAAAGGUGCCUUCAAAGACUUUCCCCAUUUGAGAAAUCUCAUGCUAGGGGAAAGGUUGCUUGCUACGGUCCACAUGAAGACUGCUGUACCAGUGCUCAGCAGCACUCCAAUUGCCGAAGUUCUGGGAGGUGAGAGAUGGUCCAGCUGCCCCUCAUCUGAGUCGUCACACCUCGCCUGGCAGCUGCUGUGGGACCCAAAUGCCUUCUGUGGUUUCUGACUGCUGUGAAACAGGUCUGUAGCCACAGUAAAACUGUGGUUAAUAAAUUAGUGCAAGUGGAUUUUGAGGAAAUUCAAGCUCUGGUGAUCAGUGUGAAGGAGGAGGCUUUGAGAAUUUGAGGCUGUGACGGUGACUAACUGUGUGACCCAGUGCAAAGGAUGUGAUUGCCCUGUGCCUCAGUUCCCCUUCUCAUAAAACGGGGGUAAUAAUGCAUCAUGGUGAUAUUGUGGGAUUUAAUUUAUAUUUAUGCAAUCCUUGGAUGGAAGAAGCAAGUAAUAACAAUAACAGUCAAAGGAUUAGAUGGUGAAAUAAAGCCUUAGUAUGGCAGAGGUCUUGGUGCCAAGGUGCUUCAUUUGGCUCUUCUCUAAAUUCCAUGUCUGGAAGAGUGAUGUGUGGGAUUUGUGGUAUGAAGCAUGCCUCAACCCACAGGAGAAGAUGCCGUGCCUUGCAACCACCAUUGUUUCCCAUUCCUAACAAUACAAGCAUGAACAUGAUGCUCUUGCGAUCCACAAACUGGAGCAACUCUUGCAUUGUGCUUUUGGUUGCUUGGCCUCCACUGGAAGAAGAACCCAGAAAUGUUAAUGGCAUUAAAAUCCCUCCUGAGUUUCCAUUGGAGCAAUGGCGCAGAAGGUCCAGAUCUUCUCCCAGAAACAAUGACUAUGAAACUAAUGGCACUUAAGGAUUAAAAAGUUGCUCCCUGAAGCAUAGCCACCAAAAAAAUGCUAGCUGAUGAGCCAGGAACCUCCAAAUUCUUGAUUAUUUUUUCUAACAAACAUCUGUGGGUCUGGCAAGAAGGUUGAAGGACAUGUCAGAGUAAGCUCUCUUUGCUCCAUGUUGUUGUUACCUCCUAAGAUAUAGUAUGAAGAUCAGAAACCCAAGAACAGUCAUUUAAGAAUGCUAGACUGCUAGUUGCGUAUGCGCUUUAAUUAGCAAACCUGCACCAAGAGGAUCUCCGAUUCCCUUCUGUUCUCACCCUAUCGACUUUAUAUAUUAGACCAGUUGCUUUAUUUUAGCCAGCGUCUCAGUCUCCUCCCCAUCUCAUUUGGAGUUCUGAUAUUGCUGUAAUGUUGUGAAAUUCACCCUACAAGAAGCUUGGGGCAGAAGUUAUCAUUUCUCUGUAAUGCUUAAAGCUGAAGUGGAGUAACCCAAAAUAUCUGCUGCUGGAGAACAGCAGCAUAGAAAUCUAAGAUCUAAGCUAAGUUUUAGCCUGGAAUAUUUUCCAUGGAACACUUAUUUCUCUCUCUCUUUUUUCUCUCUCAAUUUCUCUCUCUCUCUCUCUCUCUCUCUCUUUCUCUCUCUCUCUCUCUCUCUCUCUUUUUCCUGUUUUAAGUCCACUUUCUGAGUGUGAUUUGUGUGGAGUAUUUUUUGGCUAAGUAAUUCUUACCUUCAAGGAAAUUUAAGUUUACGUAAACAUUGCAGUGUUUUGCUCAAAAGAGUAGGGUUGUAUUUGUUGUGAAAGGAGAGUUUAUUCUGCAUGAAAACUGAUGAUUUUUCAGAGCUUUGUCACAAAAAAACCCAUAGAAGCUUCCAAAUGGAUUUUUUUGGUAUUUGUUUUAUUUAGCAUUACUUGCCUGCCUGGGCCUUGCUAUAGGUCUUGCUGGCUCAUGGGACAAAUGUGGCCUUGCCUUAAAUCUAAUUACUCUUUAGGCACCUGAAGGUAAACAUAUAUUUGAUGCUUUGAUGCCACAACUGAAUAUAUCUUUAUUUUGUCCCUGGUUCAGCAACUCUAUGUGGCAAAAAGCAGCUUGGCAUCGUUAUGCAUAUGCUUAAGUCUUGCUGACUUAAGACAUCUAUAAUUGGGGUUCUGAAAUGUGGAUAGACAUGUGUGCAGUGUUAUGUACUUCAUAUGACAAUUGUGAUCCAUUUUAUAGCACUUGCUGCUGCUGUGUAUGUUUCUAAAAGGUUUUAUUGGCAA